AGGAGGCGGAGGGAGAUGGCGGCGGAGGACGGGGCGAGGUCGCCCACCAGGAUGCUGGCCGAGGGCCAUCUGCGGGUCGCUACGGGCGGGGGCGCGCCGGCUGACGGCGGGAUCGCCGUCCGCCACCUCCCACACCACCACCACACCGCUAAGAAAGAAGGUGUUGGUGCGAAAAGUGAAGAAAACAACCAUGGAGAUGCAGAUUUUUCACCAUCCCAAGAGUUGAACAAAUUAGUUAAUGGGAACAACAAGGUUCCUGCUACAUUAGAUGACUAUAGAAAGCUUGUAGUUCCAGUAAUUGAGGAGUAUUUUAGUACAGGAGACGUGGAACUGGCAGCUUCCGAGCUAAGGAAUCUUGGAUCAGAUCAGUUUCACUAUUACUUUGUGAAGAAACUCAUAUCCAUGGCGAUGGACCGCCAUGAUAAAGAAAAAGAAAUGGCGUCGGUUCUGCUGUCUGCCUUGUAUGCUGAUCUAUUGGGCACCUUCAAGAUGAGUGAAGGUUUUAUGAUGCUACUUGAGUCAACAGAAGAUCUAUCUGUGGAUAUACCAGAUGCUGUUGAUGUUUUGGCUGUUUUCGUUGCACGCGCCGUUGUUGAUGAAAUAUUGCCUCCUGUUUUUCUCACUCGAGGCAGGGCAUUGCUUCCAGAAUCUUCAAAAGGUGUUCAAGUUCUGCAAAUUGCUGAGAAGAGUUACUUGUCAGCUCCUCACCAUGCAGAAUUAGUUGAAAGCAAGUGGGGCGGGAGCACUUACUUUACUGUAGAAGAGGCGAAAAAGAGGAUCCAAAGUAUUCUGAGGGAGUAUAUUGAGAGUGGAGACACUGAUGAAGCCUUUAGGUGCAUAAGGGAGCUGGGCCUUCCAUUCUUCCAUCAUGAGGUUGUUAAACGUGCUCUCAUCCUUGGCAUAGAGAAUCCAUCAUCACAACCAUUAGUCCUGAAGUUGCUAAAGGAAUCAACAGCGGGUUGUUUCAUCAGUUCUAAUCAGGUGUCAAAGGGUUUCUCUCGGGUAGCUGAGAGUGUUGAUGACCUGAGCCUUGAUGUUCCUUCGGCCAAAACACUUUUUGACAAGCUGCUUUCAGCAGCUAUAUCCGAAGGGUGGCUUGAUGCUUCAUUCAGUAAAUCUGCUGCCUCUGAUGAAGAUCAUGUGAAUGCAAGUGGUGAAAAGGUGAAGCGUUUUAAAGAAGAAUCUGGUCACAUAAUUCAGGAGUAUUUUCUGUCAGAUGAUGUCCCGGAACUCUUAAGAAGCCUUCAAGAGCUCUCUGCCCCUGAAUACAACGCCAUUUUCCUCAAGAAGCUUAUUACUGUUGCUAUGGAUAGAAAGAACAGGGAGAAGGAGAUGGCUUCUGUGCUCCUUUCUUCACUCAGUUUGGAACUGUUUUCCACAGAUGACAUUAUGAAGGGGUUCAUAAUGCUCCUGCAGUCAGCGGAGGACACUGCUCUUGACAUUGUGGAUGCUCCCAGUGAACUCGCCCUCUUCCUGGCUAGGGCAGUGAUCGACGAGGUCUUGGUGCCACUGAAUUUGGAUGAUAUCAACAGCAAGCUACGCCCGAAUAGCAGCGGUAGUCAGACCGUCCAGAUGGCCAGCUCUUUGCUUGCUGCGCGCCACUCCGGCGAGAGGAUACUGCGCUGCUGGGGCGGGGGUACAGGCUGGGCAGUGGAAGACGCAAAGGACAAGAUCUCAAAGCUCCUCGAGGAAUACAACACCGGCGGUGACCUGGGUGAAGCCUGCCAGUGCAUCCGCGACCUUGGGAUGCCCUUCUUCAACCAUGAGGUGGUGAAGAAGGCGCUGGUGAUGGCGAUGGACAAGCAGAAUGAGGCCAGCAUCCUGGCCCUGCUCCAGGAGUGCUUCGGCGAGGGCCUGAUAACCAUCAACCAGAUGACCAAAGGCUUCGCCCGCGUCAAGGAAGGCCUCGACGACCUGGUCCUCGACAUCCCGAACGCGCAGGAGAAGUUUGGAGCCUACGUGGAGCUUGCGACGGAACGUGGCUGGCUGCUGCCAUCCUUCGCCUCCGCGCCUUGAGCUUCUUUUCCUGGGCGGCUGGCUAAACUUGAACAUGUUUCUCUUGUAUAUCUUACAAACACCCGUACUGUCUUUACCACCAUACCAAAAUUUUCCUGUUCCAGCCUUUGUUAAGCUGAUAUGUUAUCGUAUACCGGAGUUUGAUAGGAUGGCCGUGUUGGUAUCUGUUUAGACAUUGUAUUAUCGGUUUGGAGGUGAGACUUGGAGAGCUGAGAAAUAACACCGUUAGUGCACUGUUGUGCGGUAUCAUUA